GGUUCAACAAUGGGGACACAAAAUCGAAUCACAAUGGCGUCACAAGCAACUGUUUUGAACAACGUGGGCGGGUCAAUGUACACGGACGACUACUUCGAUUUGUUACCACCUGGUUUCCGGUUUAAACCCACUGAUCAGGAGUUGAUUGAUCAUUACUUGUGGAACAAAAUCUCGAAGCGAUGCUUAGCUCCCAACAGGAUCAGAGAUGUCGAUCUCUACAAGUUCAAUCCCCAGCAACUUUUUCGUUAG